AUGCCAUACGCCGACGCUGAGACGCAGACGGUCUGGGCUGGCCUCACCAGGAUGGAUGUUCGUCCUGACAUCCUCUUCACUGCCCCCGACACGACCACUCCGCCCGCCGAGAUGAUAACAGACAAGCUGCAGGGCCUGGACAAUGUCAUCACCGGCGCCCAGCUGGGUACCCUCGAUCCCAACAGCUCCUCGUUCCAGACGCUGCUUGCGAGGCGACACAAGCGCCCUGACAUGCCCACGCGCAUCUCCCUGCCCACGUCCGAUCUCGACGACGAAGUCUUCCCAUCCCCUCCUCCGACCCAUGCUCUGCUCUCCCCGCUACCCGAAGCCAAUAAGCGCUUCGCCGGUCACACUCCGCUGAUUCCACGCGCCCUGUCUCCGGUCCAGGACGAGCAACCCACGGUUCAAGAGCCGCCUGCUCACGAGGAAGAAGCACGGUUCGGUACACCACCAGAAGAUCAGCCCUUGAUAGGUCCGCUCAUGCUACCAACCAAUCCCGUCGAUGGCGCUAGCGACCACAUAGCACUGGACGUGCUCGAUGAUGUGCUCGACAAGGUUGCCAAGGACCAGGACAGGUUCAGCAAACUCAAAGACGCCCCCGAACCCGCCGCUCCCCCGGCCACCGCAGACAAUGCUGAAGAUGGCUUGCCACUGAGUCGCAAGGGAUCUGCCGAAUCUCGCAAUUCAUGCGCCACCGAAGUUGUCGACGGAGUCAGGCUCAAGAGUCCCCCGCUCAAUUUUGGAGUACCCAUUGGACAAGUAUAG